AUGUCGUACGGCAACCAGGAAAACCAAUGUUCUGUUCCUCACCCAUACGGUUAUCGAUACAACACACAUCGAUCAUCGAACUCAAAUAACAAUUCUUCGUCAUCUUCAGCAUCGUCCUCGAUCGGAUUGAAUUCACCAAUGAGCUUACCACCGCUUUUACCUGAAGACGAUCACGAAGAUCUAUCACCUGCAAGUUCCACUUCCAUCUUAACUCCCACAGGUCCUGACCCAACUAUCAUGUCUACACCCAAAAUGGGCUCUGAUCAUUCAAUGCUUUCUUCAAUGUCACAACAACCUACACCUAAACUCAUCAUUCCCUCCGCGACUACUUCUUCGAGGUUCGCUUUACUACCUCCUCAUAAUCCCCUUCGAUCCAAAAUGUACAGUAUACCCGAAACAACAAGCUUGACUGUUAGCCCACCCAGUCCAGCUCAUACUCCCAAAGGUCAUCCUCUGGAUGGUAAAAACAGAAGGGACUACUUCGCUUAUAAUUCAAUAACCAAAACUCAUCCCAUAACCAAUCCGUAUGGAACUGACAAUCCAUCUUAUUCAACAUCACUAUCUUAUCUACUUCGGAUUCCUAGGCGACUUCGACCAUUUUUAUUGGUUGGAGUAUGUCUCUUCACUCUGACUUUGGUUUUCAUGAACCGAGCGAUAACACAGGCGAAUCACAUGGACCACAUUUUACAUCAGAGAGAUCUUGCAUCUGAUAGAAGGUAUUCCCCUCUGGCCCAAACAGGUGAUCAACAUCCCUUGAUCAUGUCAGAAGAGAUUGAUCACGCUCGUCAAGCAGAAGCUGCUGUUCAAAGUAUCGUACCUCUCAGAAAAGGAUUACAAUUCGAGAACGAGCAGGAAGAGUUGGCAGCUUUGAUCAGCUUUGUUACUUCUACCACAUCCAACGCGCUUCCGGCACUUGAUCCUACUAAAACUCUAAACCCAAACAUCGUGUUGGAUUUCGAUCCCACUCAUCCUAAUGCCAAGGAAGAUCUGGCUCUUCUCCAAAACGAUAUCAACGCAAUGUACCCAAUCAUUUUGAUUGGUAAAAUGAGGGAUCCAUGGCAUAGAGAAGUUAAAAGGAUGUUGGCAGAAUACAAAAUUACUCCUGCACCUUUAGUGAUCGAUGUCGAUCAAAGAAAGGAUCAUUCAACGAUCACACCUCUACUAGCCAGAUUGUUGGAUACACAAGAGCUACCUCAAUUGGUUCUACAUGGUAAAAGUUUAGGAUCAUAUCAUGAUGUAUUAAAUCUCAGGGAUGAAGGAAUAUUAAGGGAGAAACUCGAGGAGUCGGGUUCAAUCACUGUGAAAGAUCUGAAAAGAAAGAAGAAGGGAAGUAGGGAGAAAGAAAGAAUCGAAUUAGAAAGAGUAUUAAAACCCGCUCCUAUCGUGGCUCAUUGA